AUGUCUGUCACCUCCCAGAUAUCUAAAGGUAGAUGUUGAAACCGUUCUCUGUUUUCCAUGCUAGGUAUUACCUACCACCAGCAGCUGGUUAUCUUAGACUAGCUAUCUUGACUCUGGAAACAAAAACUCAGCCCAUCAACACCUCAAAGGCUGACGAAUUAUUACAUAACAUCUUUUGUGACGUCAAUUUGUGGAAAAACCACAUGCGACUCCGAAAUGAUUUGGUAAAACAACCCUCCCACGAUGGACAACGAAGCAACCAGCCGCGCAGAGGACGACCUGCUUGCUGUUCGCACCACAUGACCAGUGUACGUGUACGUCAUGUGACACGUGUCUUCAAGUGAGAUCCAUUUCAUUUCAAAAAAGGGUUUAAAGACAAAUUAGUCUGGUUGAAAUCUGAGAUUCAACUGAAAAAGGGCAGUUCGGAGGCCAGAAAUCCAAAGAUGAAAGAUGCUCAAAUGUUCUGCAGAGUUGAAGGGAACAAUACAGUUCGGUGCUGUCGUCCUUUUGUCAAAACGAGCAAUGUCUGUGACAAUAAUGCAAAAUGCAGCUUGGCUAGCAGCUAGGGGUGUGGAUGCACUUUGAGCGAAGGCUGUCGUAGCAGCUGGAGAUGAUGAGAUGUAUGUUUUACCCUGCUGGAAGUGUCCUUGACUGACACUCGAUCAGUGAUGUCCGUCGAAUGAUAGUGCGAAAAGGAAAUUUGCCUGCUGUGAUUCAUAACACUAAUUCAUCAUGAAUUUGUUUGACAUGUUUGACAUGCAAAUCUCUGCCUGCUCCCGCCCGUCAAUCGCUGGGACACUGUUAACACGCACAAAACACAUUUAUAUCAGCGACGAGUGUCCCGGGAGUUUGGAAACACAGGAGGACGACAACCACCAACACACACUCCUGACAAGGCCUUCAUCUACACUGCAAGCGGUCGAUAUGUCCUCCAACUCCUCUCCCCCCUCCAACCCUGCUCUUUCAGAGCUCUUUGAUGGUAGCAACUCUACAGCUUGUUUGUCCAUCAUCAUGGGGUUCCACGUCAUCAAAAUCUUCGGUCUCCUCCCUCUCUACAUCCUUGUCCUCUACCUGUGUCAUCAGCCAUGGCGGCACCGGCGCUCCUUUCAACCGAUGAGCCACGCUGAUGUCUUCACCUACCACCUGGCGGUCAUGGAGCUGUUGUGGCCUUUGGGGACAAUCUUUUACUAUUGUGGCUUACUCUCUAAUAUCCCUGAAAUGAAGAGAUGGUCCAACUUUGUAUUUUCUAUUGUUUUCUAUGGAGAGGGUUUAUUUCACCUCCUGACCUGUGUGGAGCGCUUCCUGGCUGUUGUUUGCCCAAUCACCUACCUGGGGCUGAAAAACAUGCGCGGGGUCAGGAUCAGAAACAUCAGCAUUGGUUGUGUUUGGCUCGUAUGCGUCCUGUUGAGCUCUUUAACAAAUCUGUUCUCUUCGGAAGCGCUCGUCAUAUUGUACAGCUUCUUAACUUUCCUUUCAAUCCCCAUCUCUUUCUGCAGCCUUUCUGUUCUCUGUGUUCUGAUUCGUCCAGGGCCAGGGGAAGGAGAUCGGGACAAGCGAGUUGUCCAAUCAAAGCAAAGGGCAUUCUUCACCAUCACGGCCAUCAUGUUAAUGCUGUGGUUGUGGUUUGUAGGGAUCGUUUUUUCCACAAUUCUGGCAAACUCUCAUCUGCUGAGCAACAGUGACAGCUGUGUGUUGUACAUAAGUGGAUUAUGGUUUAAUCUGCCCAGCAGUUUGAUAUUACCUCUGCUGUAUCUGCAAAGGACAACAAAACUAUCCCGGUGCCGUUUUAAUCGUGAGUAAAAAUAAGUGGUCCAGUUUGCACGAGGUUGAUAAAAAAAAGAACUAUCUGUUAUUUUGUGACGAUUGAGUUAUGUUCAGUCUUAUAGUCAUGUGCAACUGUUUCAUUUAAUACAAGUAAUUUGAAUUAUAGCUAUAGUAGCGACAGCUAAUCAAUAAUCGAUGAGACAUUUCAUUUUGAAAAGGUGACCGUGUUUGCGUACCGUUCACAUUUGAAGUCCUUUGCUCUCUCUGUGGGUGUAACAUCAUUAUUUUCUGUCAGUUUAUGUUUUUGCCCCCGUUUGUUUAUUUGAAUAUCAGCAGCAGGAUAACGCAAAAACUGCUACACAGAUUUCUAAAUGGCCGGAACAUGGACCAAGGAAAAUAAACAAUACAGUUGGGGGCAGAUCCGGACAUUUAGGCAUCAAUGUCAUUUAUUAAUGUUACAUUCUCAUACAAUGGAUUAAUCACUUUGUUUAAAAAUGAUAAAAAAACCCGGAUCUUUCAGAAGUUCCAAUGGUCGGACAAGACGGCUUCAGUUUACCUGUUUUCAACCCACAGUCCAAAACAGAAAACAGAGAAUCCUGACUGAACAGAAUCAAAUCCCUUUUGUCUUCAAAGUUAUUAUUCCACUUUAAAACUACUUACUGAUUAUUUUUAUGCUUUUUCUUAAUUCAGUUUUUUGAAUCCAGUUGUUUAUUUCUCUUUUUAAACUGUUUUGUCAAAUAGAUGUUUCAGAUUCU